AAAACCCAACAACAGGCCACAUGCAGUGCGAGGAACGUUCGUCUCUCUGCUACUGAAGCUUAUGACAUAGAUCUUGAGCAUCGGGACAUGAUGAUGAAAGCUCUACGGUUUUACACUCAGUAUUGCAGACAUGAAGGGAGUACUCAUUGUAUGGAAUGCUAUGAAAGUUACCGAGCAAGGAAAGAACCGUUUGGUGCAAUACCAGCUUUUAACUUGUGUAGGAGUCGUUCCUGUGGUGGCAGCACACCCUCGCGUGAAUCCACUAGAAUUUCCAGAUGUGUGAAAAUGGCACAGUGUCGGCUGAGAUUUUACGACGAUGUCGAUAAAGCAUCUUGUGAGGAUUUGUCUGCCAGCCAAAAGACUGCACCAUUACCUUACAGUAAACCACUGCUUUAUGCAUUAGAGGACGGGGACGGAGUGUUAGCUGACGCCUUGGGUCACACGUACAGGUCUACACAGACACGCCCCUGGUCUGUGUUGCCAGGGACGCUGUGUGAUGAUUGCAAACGGAGUUACUACAGACUAUUCCAGAAGACAGCCAGUGUAACCAGAAACAACAGCAACGAUAGAAAGCUUCAAAGAAGUGAUCUAAACGCCUCAAGCCAACUCAAGGUUGUAGCCCUUGCAUUAACGGACAGCAUGAGUCAGCCUAUUCCGCGAUCGGUUGCCUACCAACGGCGCAAUCAGACUACACAUUUAUGGACAGACAGCAGUCAUCUUAUGAGUCGUAGUGUGCCGACUGCUAAUUUCCUGCAUCGGCACUUCAGCUCGACUGCUUCGUCGCCUAGAUCUUCACUUGAUGACAGUGAGAAAACCAGCAAAGCACGUCCAAGUUCCUCGUACUCUUACGACGGUGGGUUUUUUGUUGGUGCACAUUCAGGUCAGGCGGAAUACUUUGUGAUACACCCAGACUGGGUGUCUGAAGCUAUGACUGUCAAGAAAGCUUCUUUAGGCGACAAGAGACCUGGUUCUUCACUCAAAAGAAGUAUUAGUCUUACCAGCAGAACGUUGCCGGAAGGAAGGAGAUGCUUGAGUGCCCCGCCCAAACAACGGAAUCCUAUCACAAUGGAACACGCAGAGAGACAAUCGGCGGGAACAAAGUGUCAACAAUAG